AUGCAUCCUCAUGCGAUGGUCCCUAAAAGUAAAGAAAAAGGAAUCCGAGUGCGGCGAUCGUCGAUGGAGAAAACUAUCUUUUGCGUCUUGAUUGUGAUUGUGAUUUGGAGAGGGAUCGCGGUGUCUGGAUUGUUCUCCGAUUCUGAUUCUUCUUCUUCGAUGAUGAUGGGUCGUCAAAACGAGAACGAUGAUUUCGAAAUCGGUUUAGGAGGAGGAUUUAAAAGGAGUAACAACGAGGACGAGGAAACCGAGGAUUACGGCGGCGAUGGUGCCGAGGAGAAGAAGGUUUCUGAUGACAUCAGUGGUGGGAGUAGUAGUAGUAAGAGUAAGAGUAAUAGUAAUAGCGGUAGUAAAAGGAGUAGCGAGAGCAAUAGCGAGAGUAACCCAACGAGAGGAGGAGGAGGAGGAGGAAGAGGAGGAGGAAAAAGUGGUGGCACGAGUAGCAGAAGUAACGAGAAACGAGCGAGCGGGGGUACCGCGGCGAGGAGCAACAGUCGAACGCAAAAGAUGGAAGACGACAUCUUCGAGACGCUGCGAGACGAUUCGCAGCCGCUCGUCACGCACAAGAGGUUAUUUAUAGUGAAUAAACCGGUCAAUCCUGAGGACCCGAAAGAUUCUCGGACGAAGCCGGUUUUGCAACACUGGUUGGAAUCAACGACAGGCGAUACGAACGAGACGUUGAUUUAUCACUUUCCGAGAAGUUUGUUCGAACAGUUGCCGUUGGACGAGCCAAAGUUCGAGUUUAAAACCUGUGCGGUGGUUGGAAAUUCCGGAGUAACUUUGUUGAAAGAAUACGGGGAGGAAAUCGAUAACCACGACGCGGUCAUACGGAUUAACAUGGCGCCUAUUCGCGGGUUUGAGAAGUACGUCGGGAAACGCACGACCUUCGACGUGGUGAAUUCGCACAACGUGAGAGAGAUUUUACAAGGCGUGCGCAGAUGGCGUCCGGCGAACGAAGGCGAAACUAAACUGGUCUUGUUUGAAACCGCCAGUCAUUUUGCGAGAUAUCACCUCUGUCAACCGCUUUUGAAGAAAUACGGCGCGGAAAAUGCGAUUUUACUCAACCCGUUGUUCUCCAAUCGAGCGCAUUCGCUCUGGAUCAAACUGAAAGAACUUUUGGAAAAGACGAAAAACAGUCAAUACAACCGCAAACCAAUGAGUGGGUUCUUUGCCGUUUUAUACGCGUUGCAAAUGUGCGAAAAAGUCGAUCUCUACGGUUUCGACGCCUACACGUCCAGGAAAAAAUCCUACCGAUACCACUAUUUCGACAACGUCCAAGGCUUCACGGACGUCCACUCGUUCGAUUUAGCCAUCGAAGUGUUCAAGUUUAUCGCCAAGAAAGGCACUAAAGGCGGGUUGACCAUUAACGUUUAA